CGUGGCCGCGAGAGGGGUGGCCGCGGGCGGGGCCGGAGGCGGCGGGAGUCACGGCUGGCUGUCCGUGCACCUGAGAGCCGACGCCCGGGUCUUCGAAGCUGCGCCCGCCGCCUUCCCCGUCGCCAUGAGCCGCUUCAAGGUGUCCAAGUUCCGGCACAUGGAGGCCCGGCCGUCGCGACGCGAGGCCUGGAUCAGUGACAUUCGAGCAGGAACCACACCCUCGUGUGGGAACCAUAUCAAAUCCAGCUGCCACUUGAUUGCGUUUAACUCUGACCGUCCAGGUGUGCUGGGUAUUGUGCCUCUGGAUGGCCAAGGAGAGGACAAGAGACAGGUGGCCCACCUGGGCUGCCAUUCAGACCUGGUCACGGACUUGGAUUUCUCUCCCUUUGAUGACUUUCUUCUGGCCACGGGUUCAGCCGACAGGACGGUGAGGCUGUGGCGACUGCCGGCCCCUGGCCAGGCGCUGCCCUCGGUGCCGGGGCUGGUGCUGGGCCCUGAGGGCGUCCAGGUGGAGGUACUGCAGUUCCACCCCACCGUGGAUGGUGUCCUGGUGAGUGCGGCGGGCACCGCCGUGAAGGUCUGGGAUGUAACCAAGCAGCAGGCCCUCACAGAGCUGGCGGCCCAUGGGGACCUGGUGCAGGGUGCUGUCUGGAGCCGGGAUGGAGCCCUGGUGGGCACGACCUGCAAGGACAAGCAGCUGAGGAUCUUCGACCCCAGAGCGAAGCCCGGGUCCUCCCAGAGCACAGAGGCCCACAAGAACAGCAAGGAUGGCUGGCUGGUGUGGACGGGCACCCGGGAGCACCUUGUGUCCAGUGGAUUCAACCAGAUGCGUGAGCGUGAAGUGAAGCUCUGGGACACCCGGCACUUCUCCAGCGCCCUCACCUCCAUCACCCUGGACACCUCACCCGGGUCUCUGAUGCCCCUCCUGGACCCAGACACCGGGCUCCUGGUCCUGGCAGGAAAGGGUGAUAGUCAGUUGUAUUGCUACGAGGUGACCCCGCAGCAGCCAGCGCUGAGCCCAGUGACGCAGUGCCUCCUUGAGAGUGUGCUGAGGGGCGCGGCUCUUGUGCCCCGGCGGGCGCUGGCUGUCAUGGGCUGUGAGGUGCUCCGUGUCCUGCAGCUGAGUGACACGGCCAUCGUGCCUAUCAGCUACCACGUGCCUCGCAAGGCUGUGGAGUUCCAUGAGGACCUGUUCCCGGACACCACAGGCUGCAUCCCUGCCUCCGACCCCCAUGCCUGGUGGGUGGGGAGCAACCAGCAGGUGCAGAAGGUUAGCCUCCACCCAGCUCGGCGGCCCCACCUCAGCUUCACUUCCUGCCUGGUGCCCCCUGCGGAGCCCUCCCCGGACCAGGCCCAGCCUGCAGACACUCCUGCGGGUGAUGCGGAUCCCAGCGAGGGCUUCUCUUCCCCUCUCAGCUCGCUGACCUCCCCCUCCACACCCUCCAGCCUGGGGCCCUCGCUCUCUAGCACCAGUGGUAUCGGCACCAGCCCCAGCCAGAGAUCCCUACAGAGCCUGCUGGGCCCCAGUUCCAAGUUCCGCCAUGCUCAGGGCACCGUCCUGCACCGAGACAGCCACAUCACCAACCUCAAGGGGCUCAACCUCACCACGCCUGGCGAGAGCGAUGGGUUCUGUGCCAACCGGCUUCGUGUGGCUGUGCCCUUGCUCAGCAGUGGCGGGCAGGUGGCUGUGCUCGAGCUGCGGAAGCCUGGCCGCCUGCCCGACACAGCACUGCCCACAAUGCAGAAUGGCGCAGCUGUGACUGAUCUGGCCUGGGACCCCUUUGACCCCUACCGCCUCGCUGUGGGUGGGGAGGAUGCCAGGAUCCGACUGUGGCGGGUGCCCCCAGAGGGCCUGGAGGAGGUGCUCACGACACCUGAGGCCGUGCUCACAGGCCACACAGAGAAGAUCUACUCUCUGCGCUUCCACCCGCUGGCAGCCGAUGUGCUGGCCUCCUCUUCCUAUGACCUGACCAUUCGGAUCUGGGACCUUAAGGCCAGAGCUGAGCGGCUGAGGCUGCAGGGCCAUCGGGACCAGAUCUUCGGCCUGGCCUGGAGUCCUGACGGACAGCAUCUGGCCACUGUCUGCAAGGAUGGGCACCUGCGGGUCUAUGAGCCCCGGGGUGGCCCUGAGCCCCUGCAGGAAGGCCCAGGGCCUGAGGGGGCCCGUGGAGCCCGCGUUGUCUGGGUGUGUGAUGGUCACUGUCUGCUGGUGUCCGGCUUUGACAGCCGAAGUGAGCGCCAGCUACUCCUGUACCCCGCCAAGGCUGUGGCCGGUGGCCCUUUGGCAGUGCUGGGGCUGGAUGUGGCUCCCUCAACCCUGCUUCCCAGCUAUGACCCGGACACCAGCCUGGUGCUACUCACGGGCAAGGGCGACACCCGUGUGUUCCUAUACGAGCUGCUCCCAGAGGCUCCUUUCUUCCUGGAGUGCAAUAGCUUCACAUCGCCUGACCCCCACAAGGGUUUCAUCCUCUUGCCCAAGACAGAGUGCGACGUCCAGGAAGUAGAGUUUGCCCGAUGUCUGCGGCUUCGCCAGACCUCCCUGGAGCCCGUUGCCUUCCGUCUACCCCGAGUCAGGAAAGAGUUCUUCCAGGAUGAUGUGUUCCCAGACACGGCCAUGAGCUGGGAGCCGGUGCUCAGUGCGAAGGCCUGGCUGGGAGGUGCUAAUGGGCAGCCCCGGCUGAUCAGCCUACAGCCCCCCGGCAUGACCCCAGUGAGCCAGGCACCCCGUGAAGCCCCUGCCCGUCGGGCCCCGUCCUCAGCACUGUACCUGGAAGAGAAGUCAGAUGAGCAAAAGAAGGAAGAGCUGCUCAGUGCCAUGGUGGCAAAGCUGGGGAACCGCGAGGACCCGCUCCCUCAGGACUCCUUUGAAGGUGUGGACGAGGACGAGUGGGACUAGACUGCCCACCAGCCACCUCUGGCCUCACCUGCUGCCGCCACCUCCCAGAACCACCUGAUGUGCCCGCUGCGCACCUCCGGUCUCCCCCUCAAACUGGAAGAUGCCUCGUGGCCCUGGCACACCUCCUCCCCAAAGCCCUGACUUCCUUUGGGCCUUGGGCACUUCCAAGGCCUCUAGGUCCCGCUGCAACUCCCAUGGAUUGUCUGCACCUCUGCUUCCCCUGGGACUGGCUGCUUCUCCUCAGCUGCCUGCUAGCAUGUGGAGCCAGGGGCAUGGGAGCGCGGUGGGCUGGGAGUGCUGAGGGGUUAGUAGACGUCCCUGGGCUGGUCCCAGCCUGGGCUGGCUUUGCCCAGCACCUUAACUUAGCACGGGCAACAUCCCAUCUUGCCUGCUGCCCCCACUUCCAGGUAAGAGCCUUGGGGGCUGGCCCCCUGCCAGGCCGUUUGGCACAGCACCAGCCUCACGGGCCAGGGACCAGUUGCCCUCCUCCCCAGGUUUGAAACCAGGAGAAGGGGGACAUCACAGAGCUGAUGGCCCAGUUAAGGGCGGGGUGUGAGCCCCUCAGGGACUGGCCUGAAUAUACCCUGGAUGUUUUCAGCAAUUAAACUUUUCUGAGCUGGC